CUCGUCUCGUAACCAGAAAAGGCCAAAAAGAAAAAAACGAACAAAGUGAGGAGGAUCUGCUCAACCAAACUUUGCUGUUGAACUUGACAGGGCGACCCUGAAGACUCCUCCAAUCCAGCAGUCAAAGAGGCAGCAGCGUAACACCCAAGUUACCUCCGCUCCACCAAUCCCCAAUCCGACACAAUCCGCACCGGCCGGCGAUGUCGGCGGCGCCCCCGCCGCCCCCUGAAUCCGCCGCUGUCGGCGGCGGCGGCGGCAACGACAAGGUCCUCGCCGCCGCACAGCACAUCGUCAAGUCCCUGGCCACCUCCAAGAACGCCGCCGACGACAUGAUCCGCAUCCUCUCCGGCUUCGACAACCGCCUCUCCUCCAUCACCACUGACCUCUUCCCCUCAGCCGACCUCUCCUCCGCCGACUCUUCCGAGAUCUCCUCCGCCGCCGCCUUCGACGCCGCCGAGCAGCUCAUCCAGCUCUGGGACGCCACCCCGGAGGCCCUCGUCUUCGAGGCCCCCGAGGACGACGUCGCGCAGUACCUCGGCGCCGUCGACGUCGCCGUGGAGCACCUCGCGCGCGGCGGCUCCGGCGCCGGCCGCGCCGGCGUCGCCGUCCAGCUUGCCAUGGCGCGCCUCGAGGAGGAGCUCCGCCACCACAUGGUCCGUCACGCCGUGCCGCUGGACCCCACGGGCCUCUGCUUCUCGCUUCGCCGCCUCUCGCUCGGGUCCUUGGAGGACCUCGACACUUCCUCCGAAUUCGACGCCGCCACGCCGCACAGCAUCGAUGGCACGCCGGAGACCGCGCGCGGUGGGCCCCUGGGGAACCCCUUUGACGACCACGUGUUCGACCCCGUGCGCCCCGAGGCCGUCGACGACCUGCGCGCCAUCGCUGACCGGAUGGCGCGUGCGGGCUACGCCCGCGAGCUCGCAGAUGCCUACUGCGGCAUCCGGCGCGAUCUGCUCGACGAGUACCUCUCCGUGCUGGGAGUCGAGCGCCUCAGCAUCGACGAGGUACAGCGGGUGGAGUGGAAGCAGCUCAACGACAAGAUGAAGAAGUGGGUGCAAGGGGUUAAGACGGUCGUGCGUGUGCUGCUUGCUGGUGAGCGCCGCCUCUGUGACCAGGUGCUCUCUGUGUCUGACGACCUCAGGGAGGAGUGCUUCCUUGAAUCCACCAAAGGUUGUAUUAUGCAGAUUCUUAACUUUGGGGAUGCUGUCGCGGUGUGCCCCCGCUCGCCAGAGAAGCUCUCACGGAUCCUUGACAUGUAUGAGGCACUUGCCGAGGUAAUCCCUGAAAUGAAAGAUUUGUGCUUGGGAAGUUCUGGUGAUGGUGUAAUCAGCGAUGUUCAAGCGAUUCUUGAUAGGCUUGGGGAUGCCGUAAGGGGUACCCUUUUUGAGUUUGGGAAGGUUUUGCAGCAGGAAUCCUCACGGAGGGCAAUGAUGGCUGGUGAGAUCCACCCGAUGACUCGGUAUGUCAUGAACUAUUUGAGGUUGUUAGUCGUCUAUAGUGAGACACUUGAUGCCCUACUGGAUGACGAUGGUGAUGGUCACACUGCUUUCGGAAAACCUGAGGAUGAGGAUCAUGAUCAGGAACACUUAGAAAGCAUGACCCCUCUUGGAAGGCGCAUUUUGAAGCUGAUGUGUUAUUUGGAGGCCAAUUUGGAGGAGAAAUCUAAACUCUAUGAAGAUGCUGCCCUAGAGUGCAUAUUUUCCAUGAAUAAUUUGCUCUACAUUGUUCAGAAGGCAAAGGAUUCCGAGCUUGGUAAGAUUUUAGGUGAUCACUGGGUAAGAAGGCGCAGUGGGAAGAUUCGGCAGUAUUCAAAGAGCUACCUAAGGAUUUCUUGGAUGAAGGCUUUGUCUUUUCUGAGGGAUGAUGUACACGGGAGCAGCGGUGGGAGCGGCAGUGGCAGUGGUAGUGGUAGUGGCAGUGGGCAUUCAAGUUCUAGGAUGUCCAUCAAGGAUAAGUUCAAGAACUUCAACUUGGCCUUUGAGGAAAUUUACAAGAACCAGACAAUCUGGAAAGUUCCAGAUCCUCAGCUCCGGGAAGAGCUGAAGAUAUCUAUAUCUGAAAAUGUAAUUCCAGCAUAUCGUGCCUUUUUGGGCAGAUAUGGUAGUCAAGUGGAUGGCGGACGAAACUCAGGAAAGUAUAUAAAAUACACCCCAGAGGACUUGGAGAGUCAGCUGUCUGAUUUAUUUGAAGGUUCACCAGGUUCUGCCAACCACUCUAGGCGAAGGACAUAGUUCAUAAUUGGCAGGAUCCAGUUUCAGACUAUUUUUGUUAGCUGCAAUGUGCCUGGAAACUUUUUUUGAAUCUGCAGAAUGAUUUCAAAUCUCUGUCCUGCCUAUAACAGAGUAAGUGGGUUUCAUUAGACCUCGCAUGAGAAAAUAAACAUAGGUGCUUCAUUAGCAGAACUAUUGUUCAGCUAGUAUAACUGCAUAAGGUUGAUUUAUCUGGACUCUGCCUGUCAAUAAGGUUGUUGAGGACUUGCGUUUGGGUAUAUAUUUUUACUUUGUUAGAUGCUCAGAAUGACACAUUUGUUUAUCGUUGCAAAUUCCAUCUAUGUUUGUUACUCCAGUUUAACAGUACCUUGCCUUUGUUAUGAGUUAUGACUGUAUCCACGUUAUAUUGUUGUUCGAUAUCACACCACCUUCAAAUAAGGUCAAUUGUUUUACUGACCACACUGUGAAGUUUGAAGAUUAGAAACAUGAAACAAUUUAAUGGCCUUACCACAUGGGGAAAAGGAAAGUUAUUUGUGCCAAUUGGAGAUUAAUCCUUCAAAAUAUGGAUAGCGUGCUUGUUUAAAUGAAAGCACGUUGAUCUCUAGUAUCAAAAUCAAACAUGUAGAAGGGAGUGAGCCACCACCUGGGUUCAAGUCCUCAAGUAUGCAAAUUUAGGGUCCUAUUUAUACUGUAGUGGGUAUCCCUUACGGUUAUCUUCCAAAAAAUAAUAAUGAAACAUCUAGAAGAAUUAAGGGGCAUCAUUUAGAUUAGACAUGGGCUCAACUAUUAGGGAUUCGGACACUUCCUCUCAAUAUCAGUUGAAGAUAUCAAUUAUGCCCAUCUUGUUAUGUGCAAUAGUGUCCUCACACGCAUUUUGUUGAAAUGGUAUGGCAACUGCUCACUAGACUCAGAUAUACUCCAACUUUAGCACUCCCUCACUUUCUCCUUAAUGAAGAACCUAUUAAUCUCAGCAUUUUUGGCACUCUUUUCUUGCCGAGGCUACUCUUCAAAUACCUCAGGUUCUUGUAGAUAACUCCAUGUGUCCCAGUUUAGUAUCAUGCAUAUAUCAACUUAGCACAUCGAGUCUUGUGUAGCACAAUUAUACGUGCAGAUGCAAUUCCCAUCAAAAGGUGAAGCAACAGGAAGACAUUGGAGCAUACCUGACUCCGAUAAGAUCGAGACCAUACUUCCUUCUAGAGGACUAUACCCGAGUAAAGACUACAUAGAUUUUUCACCUCAAAUACCUUACCCUUUCCUUCAUGCACCCAGCGUUGUCUCCAGUGAUAACAAUAUCAUAAACAUAGACUUCCAAUGUGGUGAUAUGGGCGAUUCUCCACGCUUGCAAAACACCAUUCAUUGAGAGUAACCAUAAUGCAAUCUUCAAUCUAUCAACCAUGCAGGAGCUGUAGACCACGCAAUAUUUUCUUAUUUUGCACCCCCUUCGUAGGAAGGGUCUUCAUGUAUAGUCCUCUUGUAAAUCACAUCGGAGAAAGACAUUCUUCACAUCUAGCUGAUGUUGAGACCAUCCAAAAUUAACUGUACAGGAAUGCUCUCAAUAUCCUCAUGUUUGGCACCAGUGCAAAGACCUCGUCAUAGUAUAUCAAGUGUGCAUUGACUGUAUAGCCUUUUGCAGCCAACAUUGCAUUGUUAAUAUGUAACAAAAACAACUAUGUGCCACGCAUAUGUAAUAUGUCUACCUUAUCUUCAGAAGUUUGUUUCACUACAAACACCUAUUUGCAUCUAACUGCCCUCCUGACUGCCAGAAGUGGAACAGAUCCGCAUCCUGUUCUUGUAAAGUUACUGAGUUCAGGUUUCAGUGGUGGAUGAGACCAAUUAGGGCUUGAUAUCACGGAAAAGAUAUUUGGGGGGACAAUUGUGUGUCUGUGCCAAAAAGUCCAGAUCCCCCCCAUCCUUUGUUUAGACUUUAGAGUGCUAAUCCUACGUAAAUCCAACUUGAUUAAAUGUGGGCUCAAACUAUAGCAAGAACUCUCCAACAAAACUCAAAUUUGGAGAUCAUAAUAGGACAAAGUUGAGAAAAUUUGCUUGAGAAAUGUAGAUCAAUUCCUUUCUGUUGUGGGCGUUGUGGUGUGUCUACUGUUGUUCCCCAGAUUUUAUUUGUAUCCUUAAUGAAAAAAAUGCGUGCUCUACAUGGUUCUUAAUUUUUUUUAGGAUGAUAAAUAAAUGAGUAUCUGUAGAUAUUUUGCUCCAAAGAAGCCUACUUACGAGGGCAAUUAAAUUGGAGCACUGGAUGGUAUUGAUUAAAUGUUUGUAGAAUUAUGUGAGAAACACUUAUGUGAAUGAAAGGGAAAAGAAAGAGAUUUUUGUCAUACAAUCUGCAUAUACUGAUGGUACUCGGAGUUCUGAAGAAUACUGGUUGAACAACGACAUUGAUCAGUAAUUACCCAAACAUCAAACUGGCUUCAUAAAUAGCUACACAUAUGCUGUCAUUUCGUAAUAUUUUGAACUUCUGACAUUAUGUGGUGAUGAUGCUAUUCUAUUUCCAAAACUAGACCCAGAACCGUCCAGCACUAUCGCAUGCAAAAAUAAAAGGAUGUUAAGGCUGCUUUUCAAUUGGUCACUGAUUGCUUUCUGCAAUUUAUGGCAAGAUCAUUCAGAUUUAAGUAAACCUGCCCUGAUUAUGCUGCCAUCACUUGUAUAUUCUAAAAGCAAUUGCAUCUUAAAGGACAUUCAGUGCAUAUUGUGCUUCUGUUUUUUUAGGCAACAAUUUGAAUGAAUGUGCUCUUAUCAAUUGCUACCCACCUUAUCAAUAUGUAUUUCUGUUUAACCGAUGAAAGAAUCCUUUGCUCUUAGUAAAAUCUGUGUGCAAUCUAAUCAUUGCACCAAAACUUAACUAGUAUAAGCUUGACUUCUCGCAUUGUGAUACUGUUUUUAUUUGCUAUAGCUAGCGGUAUUUUCUUAGCUGGAGCCUUUUUUUAGCUAACUGUAGCUAGGUUUCUAUCAGUAAUGUAUUAUUAUCUUUAGUUGAUUAUUCAUGUUCUCUUUAUGAUUAAGCUUUACCCGUUAAUGCUAUGCUUUGCCUGAAAUUGAAACAAACUGUGUUUUCUGUUCUGGUUUUAUUUAGACCUUUGUCCUCUUUCU